ACUUUAACUUCUACAUACACAUCAAUGCAGAAAAUGUGUAUCUUAAGCCGUCGGGGACUUGUAAUCUUGCUGCAGUUCUUACUGUUGGCAGCCAAACAGGCGAGUGGACAAUUCAACUACGACCAACAAGGCAGGGAUUGGGAGGGAACAUGCGCAACUGGCCGAAGUCAAUCUCCAAUUAGAUUGGCGGACAAUACUGCUAUUCGCAAACCCAUUCCGCAAAUUCGAUUCACGAACUACAAUCGGGCCUUGCAGUCACCGCUGAUGAUGACAAACAAUGGACAUACAGCGAACAUUGUUUUGCCGCCCACAAAUAACGGACAGCGUGCUUUAAUCGAGGGCGGCCUGUUGCCAGGCACCUUUGAAGCGCAGACCGUGCACUUCCAUUGGGGCUCGGAAAACAGUCAUGGAUCCGAGCAUCUCAUCAAUGGUCAACGCUACGACGUCGAAAUGCACAUUGUUCAUAAGAAUGUUCGUUAUGCCACGGUAGCCGAAGCAAGUUUGCGUUCGGAUGGUCUUGCCGUUUUGGGUGUCAUGCUUCAGGCUGUACCUUCACUGAUCUCGACGCAUUUUGGCCUUAACCGAAUCUUAGAUCGAUUGCCUCAAGUUAUUGAAUCCUAAUCAAGUACAACGAUA